UUGACUUUGUACUGUACUGUUCUAAUUCAAUGAAAAAGAAAUAUUGUAAAGAAGCUUCCAUACAUUUUUCCUCUCCUCGCGAUCGCGCAGUGAUUUGCUAGUCAGUGGACGUGUCGCUGCUCCGUGUGAGGCUACUACACUAUCAGAGUGUGUCAUCAUGGCAGAGCUGGAUAAAGAGAAUGAGGAAUCUCUCAUUGCACUCACUACACACUUUGCACAGGUGCAGUUUCGACUCAAGCAAAUAAUUUCAGCAGAACCUCAGCAUAAAGAGUCGCUGUUACAGGAUCUUGGGGAGUUUGCGUUCCAAGGAUGCAAGCCGAUGACGUACGACACAGCUGCCUCGGGAGAGUUCACCUCGACUGAAGCACAACGGAAAAUGAGGAGCACUCUUAUUGAGAAGCUGCAGAUCCAACUCACAGAGAUAGAGAAGUGUGCACAAGAGGCUACCACUGAAGAGGAGGGGUCAGAGGUCAAAGCUGCGGCUAACUCAAUGGCUGAGAAACAGAAGAUUAUCAUUGAAGAGCUGAGAAAAAGAUUUGACCUUCAUUUUGGUGAUCUGAAUGAGUUGAGCACGGAGGAGGUCAAGCAACAUGUGGAGAGAGCAAUGAACGAUGUGGUGGACCCUAUCAAAUCAAAGGAGGAGUAUGUAUCUCAGUUACAGAGUCAGAUUGAGGACUUAGAGCGUUACAUCAGUUUCCUACAAGACGCUCAUCCUGUCAAACCACACCCCUCCAAACCACCCCCCUCCACUAAACAAGGCUCUGGACUACCCUUGCCUAGGUCACAUGAUAUAGACACUGGAAUACAUGUACCACAUCACAGGUCACGUGACAGCAAGUCGAGUAAGAAGAGAUCACAUGAUACACACUCAAAGUCUCAGGACAAUGCUACAUCAUCUGACAGUGGCAUUAAAUCACAUUAUCCACAACGUGAAGAUAUCAAGAGAGUGGCAUUUGCUGAGUCAGCACGCAAUAAUGAAACCACGCCCACUGCUCCUAUCGAUGUGAUUGGUCCGUUCCUUCGUCAUGGCAACCAGGCGGUACCGGAUUAUCGUCUGACGUUGACUCAACUUGAUGGAGCGGAUUGUUCAGUGGAUGCAUCUCGCUCUGAAUGGGGACAAGAGGGCAGUCUAGGGGAACCCCUCCAGGGGUCGAAGGGUGCUGAUGACCUUCGCCUGAGUUUGUUGGUGAUGCGUAAGACACUGGCUGUGAUGCAACUAUUGACCCUGUGCCAGUGUGGGGGGAGUGUACAGUGCCUCCCUCGUACUCUCAAGGAACUGGGACACAGGAACUAUCAGAAGGCAUUGCACACGCUGGAGGAGGCUGUCGAUAAAAUAGCAGUUGUUACAGCUGCACUUAGCGAGCGUGGGUUGCCCGUGGAUACGCGGAUUUCUUUGGAGACUGAUUUACAUGAGGCUGUUUCCAUGACAAUGGCAGAUAGUCUACGAGUUGUAUUGGAGCAUGGGCUGUUAGAUGAUGGACGACCUUUAACCCUGAGUGGCGGGUGCUUCCCGGUAUGGCGAAACUAUGGUAGCAAAAGAGGAAAAAAACGACUGGGAGAAGAUUGUCCUGCCUGGAAAGUGUUCAAGCAUUAUUACAAAAUCAAAAAUGGCAAGCAGUAUAGUAACAAGACUGACCAGUUAUUGGCUAGCUCGUUUGCUAUCCCCAUGGAAACGGCAAUGUCUAUGAAGAAGACGCUACUCUCGUCCAUACAUCGCGUAGAGGGCACCUACCAAAGUUGUCAUCACAGAGCUCAGGAUACAAAGUUUCGAGCGCUUGUCUGUGAAGGAUUCAAUGUGUGCCAUCUUGCUGAAUGGUUCAGGAUCUUAGCCACCCAGCCAUCAGUGGGAGAUGACCUCUACAGUGUCACCUCUUGUCUGGCUACUACUGGUCUACGUCCUGCCAUUGGUUGUCUAGAGAGGCUCAAGGACAACCCCACUGGACACAACGUGGACCUACCCAGAGCCUACUACAAGUGCCCUGAGGCAUAUCAGCCGAGGGCCAUGUGAACUAUAACAUUAUUUUUACUCAUUCACAAUCACUUUUCAAUUCAUUUUUUCAUUGGAAUUAGCAACACACUUAAAGUUUAAAUCACGUGUGCAAAACAAAGUAUUUUAAUACAAUAAUUAAAUUAAAUUUUGAG